GUGGAGGAAGCUCGGCUGAUUCUCGGCUCACGCGGGAGGGGAGUAAAGGGUGGCGCUCCGGGGCUGGAGUUCAGUGGGUGCAGUCUGCUUGCGAGCUGAGGCCAGCCAGGGGGGCGCCUACGGACGGUGCAGAUAAGGAGGAGCAUUCCAGGCCGAGACGCCCUCAUCAGCAGAGUCACAGGAGUUUUGGAAGUGAGAGCAAGAUCAACUCCUCCUCAUCUUCCUUCUCAGCAUACUCAUCAGGAAGACCAUGAGGAUGGAGACCAUGAUGAUCCACUUUCACUCAGUGAAUAGCUGUCUGCUGGGCCUCCAGGGUCUCGUGGUGUCCUACAGGGUGCUGAGUGUGAGGAUGACAGCAGAAACAGAAAAGAAAGGUUGAUUACAAACGGGACCAUAUUUUGCUUCGAAAUGGAACCAGCAGUUAGCGAGCCAAUGAGAGACCAAGUCGCACGGACUCAUUUGACAGAGGACACUCCCAAAGUGAAUGCUGACAUAGAAAAGGUUAACCAGAAUCAGGCCAACAGAUGCACAGUGAUCGGGGGCUCUGGAUUCCUGGGGCAGCACAUGGUGGAGCAGUUGCUGGCAAGAGGAUAUGCUGUCAAUGUAUUUGAUAUCCAGCAAGGGUUUGAUAAUCCCCAGGUGCAGUUCUUUCUGGGUGACCUCUGCAGCCGACAGGAUCUGUACCCAGCUCUGAAAGGUGUAAACACAGUUUUCCACUGUGCAUCACCCCCACCAUCCAGUAACAACAAGGAGCUCUUUUAUAGAGUGAAUUACAUUGGCACCAACAAUGUCAUUGAAACGUGCAAAGAGGCUGGGGUUCAGAAACUCAUUUUAACCAGCAGUGCCAGUGUCAUCUUUGAGGGCGUCGAUAUCAAGAAUGGAACUGAAGACCUUCCCUAUGCCAUGAAACCCAUUGACUACUACACAGAGACUAAGAUCUUACAGGAGAGGGCAGUCCUGGGCGCCAACGAUCCUGAGAAGAAUUUCUUAACCACAGCCAUCCGCCCUCAUGGCAUUUUCGGCCCAAGGGACCCGCAGUUGGUACCCAUCCUCAUCGAGGCAGCCAGGAACGGCAAGAUGAAGUUCGUGAUUGGAAACGGGAAGAACUUGGUGGACUUCACCUUUGUGGAGAACGUGGUCCAUGGACACAUCUUGGCUGCAGAGCAGCUCUCCCGAGACUCGACGCUGGGUGGGAAGGCAUUUCACAUCACCAAUGAUGAGCCCAUCCCUUUUUGGACAUUCCUGUCUCGCAUCCUGACAGGCCUCAAUUAUGAGGCCCCCAAGUACCACAUCCCCUACUGGGUGGCCUACUACCUGGCCCUCCUGCUGUCCCUGCUGGUGAUGGUGGUCAGUCCUGUCAUCCAGCUGCAGCCCACCUUCACACCCAUGCGGGUCGCACUGGCUGGCACAUUCCACUACUACAGCUGCGAGAGAGCCAAAAAGGCCAUGGGCUACCAGCCACUAGUGACCAUGGAUGAUGCUGUGGAGAGGACCGUGCAGAGCUUUCGCCACCUGCGGAGGGUCAAGUGAGGGACACUGGAGGCUGGGCUCUCUUGACACGUUCCUCAGCCAGUCACUCCUUCCCCUGUGGAUUGAUGAAAUAACAUCCUCUGAGUUUGCUCUGAGCCUGUGACUCCUUCUGCUAGGCAGAGAGCGCACCCUACUCUUUCUGCGACGAUGAGGGCAGCAAAAACAGACAUUUCUUCCUUCAUGGAACUGGAUUUGGAUUUCUUGAUAUUAUACUGAUUUGUUCUCUGUC